AUAAUAAUAAUGAGUAAAAUAGCUGCGAGUCUAGCGUUGGCGUCAAAAGGAUGUCAAGCAAUGGAUACGUCCGACGAUUACAUUGAAGCCAUCGGUUUACUAACAAAAGCUAUUGAACUAAAUCCAAGUGAUUUCCGCUAUUAUGCCAACCGGUCGCUGGCUUUUUACCGCUUGAAUCGCUACGAAAUGGCCGCUCAGGACGCCUUGAAAGCCGUCAGACUUAAUCCCAGAUGUCCGGCCAAUUAUGUCCGGUUGGCCGCUGCCCUGAACGGCCGUCGCCGAUAUCGUGACGCCGAAGUGGCCGCUUUGCGGGCACUGGCUCUGGAACCGACAUUACGAAUAGCCGCAUAUGAACUACUAAUGGCCCGCAAAAUGGCACUAAUAUCUGUCGGCUUUGACAAACACGAUGUCCUACAAGUGAUAGCCAACUGUAAUACCAUUGAUGAUGGUUUCGGACGACUGUUGAAAUUGAUUCAAAUGAAAGACAUUUAAAAAAAAUUUUUUUAUUAAUUAAUUAAUUUUGUUUUUGUUUUAGUUUUUCUAUUGAAAUGUUAUUAUUAUUAUUUUAAUCGACACUUGUUUUGUCAUUAUAUUA